GUCCUAGAGUCAGCCACCUUGAGCGGUCGCACCCCGCCAUGCCCAAGCCGCCUUACGGUCGCUGCCACAGCUGAUAACGUGCUCUUAAGUGGUUCCUGGCCCCCUCUCGAUAGGCUGGCGUGGCGGGCGUCGAGCUGCGAGUGCCAUGGUCGGUGAGUGAGGGGGAGCCGUGGCGCGCGCCCUCCUACAGCCCUGACCGCCCUCACCGCCCUCCCUCCAGCCACCGCCACCACUCCACCGCCGCCACCACCAUCACCGCCGCCAUGAGGACCUCCGGCUGGCCCCUGGCGCGCCUCACCCUCCACCUCCUGGUGUUGCUAGCCCGUUCCUACUGUUCUCUCGCCGAUGAGCCCACCUAUCGGCCAGCUGUUGCGGAAGCGUUCAAGACGAUGACGGAUGGCAAUAUAUCCGCCAUCUUGGAUUCUUUACAAACAGGCUACGAUAAGAGAAUAAGACCUAAAUAUGGAGGUUCUCCAGUGAUUGUCGGGGUUACGAUGCACAUUCUCAGUAUCAGCUCAGUUUCUGAAGUACUGAUGGACUUUACUCUCGACUUUUAUUUCCGCCAACACUGGACCGACCCCCGGCUGUCCUUCCCCGACCGUGGGGGUCUGGACGAACUGACGGUCGGGUCGGAGUACCUGAAGAAAAUUUGGGUUCCAGACACCUUUUUUGCCAAUGAGAAGAAGUCCUAUUUUCACACGGCCACGACCUCUAAUGAGAUGCUCAGAAUCACCAACCAGGGCAAAGUGUUACGGAGCAUCAGACUGACCAUCACUGCCUCCUGUCCAAUGAACCUCCAGUAUUUCCCGAUGGAUCGCCAGCUUUGUAUCAUCGAGAUCGAAAGCUUCGGCUACAGCAUGGACCAUAUUCGACUGUCGUGGCAUGCGGGGGACAAAUCUGUGGUUAUAGAGUCUGAUGUAUCGCUGCCACAGUUUCGAGUUUUGGGCUACAACAGGAAAACCAUUAUCUCAUCAACGUCGACAGGGAACUACUCGCGUCUUCUGUGCGAGAUCAUGUUCGUGAGGUCAAUGGGAUACUACUUGAUUCAGAUUUAUAUUCCUUCCUCGCUCAUCGUGGUCAUAUCGUGGGUCUCAUUCUGGCUCAAUCGCUCAGCCACUCCCGCGAGAGUAUCCUUGGGAGUGACCACCGUGCUCACUAUGACCACCCUCAUGUCCUCCACCAACGCCGCCCUACCCAAGAUAUCGUACGUGAAGUCAAUCGAUGUCUACCUGGGCACCUGUUUCGUCAUGGUGUUCGCCUCGCUUCUAGAGUACGCCGCCGUGGGCUACAUGGGGAAGAGGAUUCAGAUGAGGAGGACCCGAGUGUUGGCCAUUCAGAAGUUGGCGGAGCAACGGAAACAGCAGGUGGAUCAUUCGCACACUUCACACGACCAUCCUGACCACGCCCCCAAGACAACAGAGGUCCGCUACAAACUACACGAUCCCAAAACCCACUCGAAGGGCGGCACCCUCGAGAACACUUGGAAAAACCAAGGAUUUGACCAGGAGGUCCGCUACAAACUACACGAUCCCAAAACCCACUCGAAGGGCGGCACCCUCGAGAACACCAUUAACGGGCGUGCAGACGAGGAGGCACCCCCGCCCCUCGCCAACCUCCUGCCUCACAAGGACAUCAACAAGGGUCUCAACAAGCUGUAUGGUUGCUCACCGUCUGACAUCGACAAAUACUCGCGGAUCGUGUUCCCUGUUUGUUUCGUCUGUUUCAAUCUCAUGUACUGGAUCAUCUACCUGCAUAUCUCCGACGAUUCCACAGAAGAUCUCAUCCUCCACAGCAACGAGUGAGGUGCCGCGAGGAGCGAUACUAGAAGGAAACUGCUAAUAGUAAUUGUACAAAAAAAUAAAAUAAAAAAAGAAAGAGGGCUAAAAAAAAAAAGUUAAUGUAUAUGUCUCAAAUUAACUGGAAAACUGAAUUGGCUGGUAUCUUAAGGCAUCGCUCACAUAAAGGUCGUUCCAUGAUUGUGUCAUUUCGCUACGUUCGUCUUUCCUUGUGAUUCGUGUCAUGUUUCAAAAAAAGAAAAAAAAAGAACAGCACAUUCGAGCCGGGAUUGUUUGACUGCUUUUAUUAUUACUACCAUUGUACUACUGUACUUACUUUACCAUUGUUUAUAGUCAUUAUUACUACUACGUACUAUUGAUGGAUACGUUUACGAUGGAUAAGUUUCGCUCAGAGUCAGAUUAUUAGCAUCUUUUGGAUUGAUCGUAAGGAAUAGUUUGUAAUGGCUGAGAUAACAGCAUUUACAUUACUAUGACUUGUCUCAGGUUACGGUAAUUCUCAUGUAACUGUAUAACUAUAAUGCAGUGAUAAUCAUAACUACAAUUACCCCACUUCCUCUCUUCAAUCUUUUGGUUUUCAAUCUCAUCCGUUUUCCCCUCUUCUCUCGCUCUGUCUCUCGUGCUAUCCAUCUGUCUCCCUUCCUCCUCCUCCUCGUUCUCCCCCUUCUCCGCCUCAUAGCCUUGUGCCUUGAGUUCAUUGGAGAGAAAUAUAUCUCUCGUCGCCACGCUUAAACUCGCUUCCUUCCACAUCUGAGAACUCAAGGGCCACGGCUCGGACAAGGGCGGCUCACACUCUAGAAAAGAUAAUGAGAAAGCUUGGCGCCACGCGAGGCCCGCCGCGGUGUGGAGAAGAGAGGAGCUGGGUGGUGGCGGGAGGGGGGAGGGAGGGAAGGGAGGGAAUCGCUGAAGGGAGGAACACCGCGCCGGGCCGAGUAGCGCGAGCUGGUGGGGUGAUGGAGUGCUAGACCAUCACGCCACGCCAGUUGGAAGUAUUUAGGUAGUGCGCGUCUGCAGCUGCGUUUCUACUCUGAGAACUAACUUUGUACUAGACUAUCAAUAGCCCCUCGUCAUCGUUCUUACGGUAGGACCUUUGUUGAUCCCUCUAGGCUAUGCUGUGUUCGUUUCCUCCUCCUCCUCCUCCUCCUCCUCCUCCUCCUCCUCCUCCUCCAGCAUACCCCCCUGUCGCCCCCUCCAUCCCCUUCUCCUCUUCGCCCUCCCCUCACCAGUUUUUUUUUUUUUUUUUUUUCCAAGAAGCUUUCCUGUACAAAGGCCACCCACCAAUCUGCUCACCACACAACCGUUGCUGUUUUCAUGCUAACACGAGUGACAUGUCUUUCAAGAAGUCUGUUUUCCCCGGCGGACCCACAGCCGGGUUGACUACUGCAGUUAGCGGAGUUGCCUGUCGGGACUCUUUGUUUAUAUGCACACCACAUCCCCCACGACGGUGGUUUUUCAGUUGUAGGCCCAAAGAGAAUUCUUGGCGGGAUCUCUUUGAUGUGAUAAGUAGAUUUCUGAGUUUCAUGACCUAUUACGGGAUGUUCACGAUUACUGGGUACUGCGAGGCUAUCACGGGACAGACGUGUCAUUACCAGAGAGCUACUAAUACUGAGGAAAUGUAUAAUAUAUAAAUAGAUAUACCUAUAAAUACUAUAUGACUUUUGUACGAAACUGACGGGGCCGCGGCGGAGUCGAUAGGCUGGGCGCCAGGACGUGUCGAAGUGCUAAUUGUGAUAAACUUGACAGUGAGGGCGAGUGUUGGAAACCCGCCCCACCAAGACUGCCUCUCGCAGCUCCCCGCUUGCCUCCCAGUGCCCGCUUGCCCCUGAGGCACUGCUUGAAAGCGGUACCCCCCUCCUGCUGUUGGCGGCACCCUCACCCUCACCCUACCUCCCAAUCCCCACGCUCCUUCCCCCCCACUCCCCGCUACGGUGGUGUGUGUCACCCUCACAUCUGACCAGUCUUGUGAUACGUCGACAGCCUCAGGACGCUGAAGUGUGUGUACAGUGAAGCGCAUUGUGUUGAAUCCCUCAUUUAAUAGUGCCUCUAGGCGUCGACGACCACCACCACCACCACAACCACCACCUCCAGAACAACUAUAACAUCGUCACCGCCGCCGCCGCCGCCGCCGCCGCCGCCGCUGCCACCGCUGCCAUCAUCAUCAUCAGUAACAACAGUCAAGAGUCAUGCACCCUGGAGCCCAUCUCCCCACACGCGGCACACACACGCGCCAUACAGCCACUAUCGCAGCGUGUCGUUGCCCUAGAUUUAUAUACAGAAGAGGAAACAGAAUAAUGUAUUAACGCGCCCUGCACCACCACCCCCCCUGCAGCCCCCGUCCCCUGCCGCUGUAGACCCCCUUUUCCUGGAGUAAGAGUUCGUUACGCCUUAACUUUUGUACACUGCGCAAGCCGGGAGGGGGCGGGAGGGGAUGGCGGGCCCGGGAGAUGGUGCAGGCCGCCUCAGAGCAACAGUGGCUUGAUGUGUUAAACGCCUCAAGCAUCUAUGUUCAUCGCUUUGUACCGCUUGAAGAUAUAUAGCAUACGCUAAUGGUAAUAACUAGAGUACUUUGCGUUACUGGUCAAUGAGUAACUCAAUAACUUGGGGCGGAAAGUUCGGGAUAUACGCGGUCGCUUUUAUCUACAUGUCUUCGCUGCCUGACGCUGACCGCACCAAACUAGGCAACACCACCUCAAAAAAAUACGAAAUAAUGUAACAACUAACGUCAAUUUUGCCAUUUUCCCUAUAACAAAU